AGGCCGAGGAGCUGCAGCGGGAGCGUCGCAAGGCCAAAAAGGAACUGGUCUGCUGUCCGCCCCCAUGCUGCCGCAGUUGACUCCAGCGUUCACGUCCAUGGCCAACAUAUUGCAGUGCAAUGUGUUCCUCAGCAUCUGCACUUUGACUAUGGAUCGGGCUCUGGACAUUCGCAGCCGCUCCUUCUCGGAAUCCCAUGUGCAGAAGAUUUUACAUUUGCUCGGCUUUGCCAUCCAAGAGGAACUUAGCGAGCACUACCCAUUUCUCAGUUUCUAUGAGCGCGCGCAGCAGUUUGGAAUCCUCGACAAGUUGGACGAGCUAGCACGCUGCCCAAGGUUGGAGGCACAUCGUGACUUUGUGCUUUGGACCAUUAAACGGUACAAGGAUAUGCAGGCCAAGCAGGCGCCAGCAGCAGCGGCCGGGCCCAGCGGCUCUCAGAAGAAGACUGCGGGCGAAGAGCCGCCGCUGACAUCCGAGGAACAGGCACGCCAGGAGAAGGAGACCCGCGCCAAGCUGGCCGCCGAGCGUCGAGCCAAGAUUAUGGCCCAGAUGCAGAGUGCCCAAAAGUCCUUUAUGAAGUCGAACGCUGAGAUGUUUGCCAACAGCGACCUGGAGCAGGAUUCAAUCUCAACAGGAGCCUCUAGUAGCCGGGGGGCGGCAUCCUCCAUGGGCAGCACCGCUAUGGAUUGGGAGGAUAUAUCGGAUGAGAGCCUAGAGGACCAGGGUGCGGCAGCUCUAGUGAUAAAGCAGAACCCGGCCUGCCUGGGGCCAAACCGGGCCCACUACCAGUCGCAGGAGAACAGCUUCAAAUGCAUCCUGUGCUUCGAGAACUGUAGCAUCAACCCGGACGGACCACCGCUCGUUAGCUCCGCGUUUGUGCAGACCUCACGCGUGAUCCUGACUACACCGAGCCACUACAAGGGCAAGUGCGGCAUGCACGUGAGCUGCUGCGGCCACGUGAUGCACUACAAGUGCUGGCAGGAGUACUACAGUAACGAGGAGUCUAAGGAGCAGCGUCGCCUCCACCGGAAUCGUCUCGCCCUCAGCCAGGGCCACAACGUGGAGUUCCACUGUCCGUAUUGCCGGGCCCUCAGCAAUACUGUGCUCCCCGUCAGCGAGCCCCUGGUCGGACUUAUUCCCGGCGGCCUUCCCGGAGUGCCGCCGGCUGUCAGCUCCGAGAGCUACUUGCCCCUGGACUGCUUCGUGGAGAUCAUGAGGACUCUUGCUGGGGAGCUAUCGGCUCCAGCCGGUGACAACACCAUGUGGCAGUAUCCGAGCGUUCUGCGCAGGUCCAAUGUAAUCGGCGAUCUGGCUCAGUUCGAGCGUAGUGUGCAGCUGAUCGCGAAGCCGCAGCUGCACGCCACUUGUAUGGAGGUGAUGACCUCCUUCAACAAGGCGCUGCAAAAUGCGAUGAUAAGCCAACAGCCGAACGCUGUCACAGAGGGCGGAGUAGGCGGCGAGGCCGAGAACCCGUACCUGGUGUUUGACACAUGCAGCUACACAUUGGAGUCCCUUGAGAUCUACAUGUACACUAUGCGGAAGCCGCUCAAGGUGGAGAUGCCCAUGCGCCAUCAGACGUGCACCACGAACCUGGUGCGCGCCUGCGCCCUCUACUCGAGUUGGGCUCCGCAGCGACCCGAACUGGCGUCCAAGCUGCUGGACACCAUAUUCAACCAGAAGGGAACCAGUGUCCUCGAAUGGGACUGCUUUCGCAUGCUAGUCCAGCUAAGCUUUGGGGUCCUCAACCUCAUGGUGAGGGAGAAUGAACACACUUUUCUGCCCAGCGGGAGCAUGUUCGAUUUCUACAUGAUGCAGACAAUGUUCCUGGCCAAUGUCACAAAGGCCGUCAUCUGCUUUGACGUUGAGAAACAGCUGGACAGUCGGCGGGCCAAGGAGGAGGCUGGCAAGGCGCCAACUGAGCUCUCUCAGCUAGCAUAUGUGGAGCAGCUUCCCUCGAAGAUCCAGGAGAAUAUGGUGGCGUUCUAUCGUCGCUACAAUGUGCCAGCCCGAAUGCGCCAGCUGGUGCAGCAAAAGGAGUCGGAGGAGAAGCACAACCAGAGUCAGAGCCAAAGUCAGAACCAAGAGCAGACUGUGGUAAUCCCAUGCGAGCUGCAGCACCUGGCCCUGAUGCUGGAGUAUGUACAGUGUCAGAUGAGAGCAUUCUUGCGAUGCGCCUGCCUCUUCUACCGCUGCCUGACCGAUGUUGAGUUCCCCGACACGUUCCCCACAGAACAACCGGAUAGAUUUGACCUGAUGUGCCAGUACCUGGGUCUGGAUGCUGACAUGGGCGUAUAUUUCGAUAUGGAGACAGUCUAUGCCACCGUGAUGCACAACUUUGCCUCGCAUCCGCACAUCCUGCGCCAGGCCGAGCAGUGCAGUUUACGCUAUGGAGAUCCCGUGGAGGUGUUACCAUGUCUGCGUCCCCUGCCGGAGCUGAAGCCGCUCUUUGAGGACUACAGCGAUCUGAUCAACAGCGUAUCGGACAUUUUCUGUCCCAAAAACGAGCGCGAGGAAAUGAAGACCCCUACGAUGUGCCUGAUCUGUGGCAAAGUGCUUUGUGGACAGUCGUACUGCUGUCAGCCAGAGCUGGGAAAGAUGUCGGUGGGGCCUGCACCCAUCAUGCCCACAGCUGCGGCGCCGAGGUCGGCAUAUUUCUACGCAUACGGGACUGCCAGGUUGUCUAUCUAGGCCGUGGCAAGGGCUGCUAUGUCCAGCCACCGUAUCUGGACGAGUAUGGGGAGACGGAUCAGGGCCUAAGGCGCGGCAAUCCAUUGCGCCUCAGCCAGUAUGCCUAUCGCCGCAUCUUUAUGCAGUGGUUGGGUCACAAGCUGCACGAGGAAAUUGCUCGACUCAAUGAUAAUGCCAACGUGGCUGUAAGGCAAUGGCAUCACAUGUAGUCCGAACGAAGAGCGAGAAGUAGUAGUUCAGCUUCGGAACGAAAGGGGAAGAACUGGAGCUGGAGCUGAACAUGAAGCUGUAGGAGAUCGAGAGCAAGAGCGAUGGCAAUGGCGACAGUCAAUGUGAUUAUUACGUACUAACAUUAGGAGAGCAUAUUUAUACGUCUAAGCAUUUUACAAGUUAUCCUUUGGAAAGGAAACAGAUCCCCCUUCCCCACACAUAAACACACACACCUCAACACGUUGAGUACUAAAACGAAAAACCAAAAGAAACCUAAACCUAAAUUCGAACUAAAACUACAAUCCUUACACACGUCCAGCUUCAACUUUGUAAAAUCGUCUUGCGUUCUCUUACACUAUAACACAUAAAAACUUGAUUAUAUUUUUUUUUGAGCUAACAUUAGAAAACUUCUUGAUAGUUUGUGUAGUAGACCGAAUUUCGAGGACCUUCUCUAGUUAUAUAUAUAUAUAAUAUACAUAUACUACACUUAAAAAAAAACUAGGCUAGAUUUUGCCAGCACCUUCAAGGACUAUACACGAGACUAUACAUGUGACCCCCACAGCAGAUAAGAGUAACCGAAAAGAAAGAAAGAAAAUAUAACAAAUGAGCACUCUGUGUUUCUUUGCUUCUGAUUGAUAA